CAAGAAACACAUCCUGUGGGACAAGUUGGAACUGCGAGCGAAUCCCUUGGUUUUCAGUAUUUCAGAAUGAAAUGGAGGGAUUUUUGAACGAAUAUCAGAAACAAGAUUACUAGGAUACAGUACAAAGGGUGUGUGGUGAGGCUCUGAUGCGUGGGAGCAGGGUGGCCGGCCCUCCACCCUCAGACGGAGCAUGCUGCCGGACUGCCCGAGACGGCUCGAGCCACAGGGGCCAUCAGAACCAGCUGCACCGGACAUAGCAGCAGCAGCAGCAGCAGCGGACACAGAGCUGACCGGCGCCUCGGCCUCAGCCUCAGCCUGAGCCGCUCCCAGCAUGCACCAGCUCUUCAGCCUAGUGCUGGGCCAGAGGGACCUGUCCCGCGCCGGAGACCUCUUCUCCCUGGAGGACGCCGAGAUCGAGGACUGUCUCUCGGAGGCCCUGGAGCAGAUCAAGGCCAUCUCCUGCUCUCCGGACUAUCUGACCAAUGACAAUGAUCAGGCGGUGGUGGAAAUAUGUAUCACUCGCAUCACCACGGCGAUCCGAGAGACCCAGUCCAUCGAGCGCCACGGGGCGGCGCUGGUGUCGCUGUGGGAGUCGUGUCUGGAGCACAAUCUGCAGCCACAGGGCAAGGACGAGGACACGCCCCACGCCAAGAUUGCCUCGGACAUCACCAGCUGCAUCCUGCAGAACUAUAACCGGCCUCUGGUGAUGGCGUUGGCGGUUCCAGUGGCAGUGCGGUUCUUGCAGCGGGGGAACCGGGAGCUCUCCAGGAACAUGUCCAGCUACCUGUCUCUGGCUGCUAUUGCCAAAGCAGAACUCUUGGCAGAACACACUGAGGCCAUCACCUGCAGUGUGCUGGACGGGAACCACAUGUUGCUGCGGGUGCUGCCCUCCGUGUACCCACUCCAGCCGCAGCCCAUCCACCAGCACAUCGCCCACCUGCUGGCCAUGACACCCCAGCUGGAUGCCGCCGGACGCCAGCACCUGCUCCGCCUGCUGCAGAUGGUGGCCGAGGAGCACCCACUGGUGCUGGGCUCCCAGGUGCCGUGUCUGAUGGGCUACCUGACUGACCCGGCUCUGAGCGACACCGUGCUGGCCGUGCUGGUGGACGUGUCUCAGGCCAGCCCCACUUCGCUGACCGCCUUCCUGCCCCGGCUGAGGGGGAUGGGCCAGCAGCAGAGCGCCCUGUUGGGCCACGUGGCCAAGAUCCACGGCACCGUGGGUUUGACCAGUGAGGACGAGGCGCGGAGCUCGCUGCUCUAUCUGGUGUCUCUGCUGGCCAGCAUGGAGCACAGCGUCCACCACACGCUGCUGCUGGAGAUCCGUCGGCUGACCGACCGCUACGGCGGCCUGCUGGGGGGUGGCGGCAAGGACAUCUACCGCAUGAGCAACAGCUUCACCGCCAUCGCACGCCUGCUGGCCCGACGCCUGGAGGCUGCUGGAGCAUGCAGAAGUGAAGAGGAGGCAGAGGAUCUGUGUAAGCCAUCUGAGGCCGACUCAGGCGGGAGCGUCGGCGAGGAUGACCAGCGGCUGGCGGUCAAGAUCCAGGCCUUCGAGGAGAAGAUGGUGGAGGAGGUCGGAGAGGCCCCAGCGGACGACAGCUCGCCGGCCCCACAGCGUCGCUACAGCCUGGGCCAGGCGGCCCGCGACGAGCGCCGGGAGAUGAGGUUCAACAGGUCUAAGAGUCUGGCCCUGCAUGCAGUGCGCUCAAGGUCCAUCAACUCCGACAACGGUCAGGAGGAUGGAGUGGAGCUGACCUCUGAGGCCCUCCUGGGUGAGGGUCCCCACAGCCCAGACACCCCCGAGGGGGAGCCCCCAUCCUCCACACCCCCGGCCCCCACCUCAGCCACGGAGGUGCUCAUAACGCAGAGCCCCAGUGACCAGGAGCCGUCUGACCCAGGAGAGAGGGCACAGAGAGGCGGUGGCGUGGACAACCCUCAGGACACAGACAGGCUGUGGACGCACAUGAGGGACAACUUGGACACAAUCAAGGCUUUCUGCGCAGAGAUGGUCAAACAGAUCCCAGUACCGGAGCACUGUGUCAUUGAAGACUCAAGCCGGGGCUGCGUAGCGAAGCUGUCCUUCUCCUGCCCACUAAAGGGACACUACUGUCUGUACAGCAAGUCCAGCUUCUCCCUGUGCAGCUGCGAGCCUCACCUCUGGAUCCACAUCAUGCUGCUUGCGCAACAGAGCAAAUCCAGUGAGCCUCUCUCCUGCCAACACGAGGCCGUCCAGAGACUCAAAGCCCUCUGGGAGAGAACCCAGCUCAAGGGCUCUCACAGCUUCAGUCUGGCCAUGACCCAGAGCGUCACCCCACACAAGAAGGACCUGGACAGUCUGCAGAUCCACUUAGAGGACGUUCGCUUCUUUGACCUGUUUGGUUACAGUGAGGAGGAUGGCAGCUGGCUUUGCUUCAUGUGCAACAACCCAGAGAAGGCCACAGUGGUGAACCAAGAUGGCCAGCCACUUAUUGAAGGCAAGCUGAAGGAGAAACAGGUGCGCUGGAAGUUUAUCAAACGCUGGAAAACUCGCUACUUCACCCUGGCCGGUAACCAGCUGCUCUUCCGGAAAGGCAAAUCAAAGGACGAGCUGGACGACAGCACCAUUGAGUUGAGCAAAGUCCAGAGCGUGAAGGUGGUGGCCAAGAAGCGGCGUGACCGCGGCCUGCCCCGCGCCUUCGAGAUCUUCACCGACAGCAAGAGCUACGUGCUGAAGGCCCAGGACGAGAAGCACGCUGAGGAGUGGCUGCAGUGCAUCAACGUGGCCGUGGCCCAGGCCAAGGAGCGCGAGAACCGAGAGGCCACCACCUACCUAUGACCACGGCCGUGUCCACCUGCCGCGCGACGCAGUUCAAUAACCGAAUGUCGUAUCCCCUUGGAUAAUACUGCUGUGAAACACUGAUCUACUGACUCCAGGCAACCUCAGCAAUUCAGAAUAAACUGUCCUUAUCACACACACACGCACACACACACACACACACACACACACACACAACAAAUCUCUGCAGCGACGGUCCUAAUAGAAAAAUGGUGCUAUGUUUAUCCUGAAAUUACACAGUGUUUUCAGCAGGACUCCUCUCCAGCCACAUAUGGUCCUUGGAACCUAAACUGAACUGACUUGAUGACUAAGCACAGGAACCAUCUUAAUCCCAGUGAUCUGUCACAGAUGACAUGGCUAUCAGCUGUGUCCUGCAGUGAGACAAUUAUGGGAUGGGGUUUCAUCUGGAGAUGGGCGUGAAAAAAGUGCCUUCUUUGGCCAUCGGAUGCGAACACAAUACAGAACUGUGUCCUGAGGACAAAUGCGUGGAUUUAGGGGCAUUAACGUCUAUAUUUUUAGCUGUAUGCACAGUAUGCUACAUAUGUUAUUGCACUCACAUAGCUCUGUGUUGUUGUUGGAUAGUGUCUCUCAUCCUUAGACCUCUGGAGCAAUUGGUUCCACUUAUCUCUGCUUUAUGGUCUUGUAUAGGCUUCAGAGAAUCUCUCUCGUGAUUUCAGAGGCUUGAGUUGCUGGCCCAGGCUUCCCAUUGUCCCUGUGUUUGUCAGCCAAGGAAAAGACCAUGUCAGACUUACUCUGUGAUGGGCGACGAAAUUAACUGUCUGGUGAAUAACCUAGAUGACAACUGUGAUGCCUCUAUUCAAUAUGUCUGCUUAUUGUUUCUCUGGAUUAUUUCCAUGGAGCUCAAAUCUUAGCAAUAACAAAAAUGUGCCAAGCAAUUCAAGGCUGACAUUUUCCCUCAUGCCAUUCUUCCUUUUCGUUCUUUUUCCAUGUCACUUUUUGUCUUGUAAAAGGAAAUAAUGAAUCAAAAGGACGUCUGUGAGCUGUAUAGGAAGAUUUCUGAAUACAGCAUAAGCGUUAUGGACUUUCUUUUGAUCAGUAUGUAGCAGGAUCCUUUCCAAAACAUGUGGGUCUUAAAUGGUCCCUUCUGGGUUUUACAUUGAUCACUUGUGUCUUUGUGCAAAGCUCGUCUAAUGCAGUAGAUUGUGUCAUUGACCAAAGAGGCACCUGGAUGUGACUUUGCAGAUGUUGCUCUGGUCCCGUUAACAGCGAGUCAAGAAUGGCCCUACCUUUGUAAGCAGCUCAUGUUCCCUGUGUAUAUUUUGUUUAAGUUGACGCCAUGAUCCAGAAGGACCCUUUAUGUGGCGGAUUGCAUAUACAUCUGACACCCACUCACACCCUGCGUCUGACCCAGUUCCACUGCCAGUAGAACAGAACCUCUCCCAUCCAGAUCCACUAUCCAGUGUUCAAAAGCGCUGACAGCACCACACCAGCUGUUGUUGUACAGCCGACAGCCCUGAGCUGUUCGUUUGACUUCAGCUUGUCAGUGUUACCUUUCCCACAGUGAGACGAGACUGAGUGACAGGACUCCAUGACCCUCUUUGUGCUGGUGCUGGGUCCAGUGCUGCCGUGCUGCCCUCUGAGGGUGUGUUGCAUUCCUCUAAGGACAAUGUAACAGUACAACGCUUCAUGUGUAGAUAUUUGAGCCAAACCUGUGUGUGUGUGUGUUUGUGUGUCUGUGUGCAUUUCUGCGUGUGUUUGUGUAUGUGUUAGAGAGAGAGGGUUAUUCCAAAAGCAUUGAAAGGCAGCUGUGUAAAUAUCUAUCCUGUGUCUGCGUCAUAGAACGCAUGUGCACAUCACGUUUCUCUCCUGUCAUUCAAAUGUGUUUCUUCCUAUAAGUUUAUGAAUGUUUGUACACUGUAAACGGGACUCUAGGGGGGUAUAUUAACAAAUGUUAGUCUUAUACAUUAGUACCAUCAGCAGUUUAUUGUGCUGUCAGAUUAAAUGACGGAACUGUUCACUGUGAAAAAAGAAUAACUUUCACGGCGAAUUGUAUUUUUCUAUUGAAUUAUAUAAAGUAUUCAUAUUCUGUAAAUAGAUUUCAAUAUAGUGCAUUUAUAACCAAACAUAGUAAACAGAAACAUUCCCAGAUGUUUUCAUUUUGAUUAUCACAAGUAUUUAUUUAGGUUAUACACAUAAUAUAAUUACAGUUUUUUAUUAACCUACAAAUAUAUGUAGUCAGAUAUUUAGACAUUCUUGUGUCGUUGUUCACGUUGACUGUUGUUUCUUAACAAGCUUGAAAUCAAGUCAUCAUCUUUAUCUAAUGAACUGAUUGAGGGUGGUAUGUGUUUUUAUUUUUUAUUUCUGAGCCUGCAUCACUAUGAUGAUGUCUGCACAUUGAAUCCAAAAUAAUAAAAGGCAACAUCAUCAGAGGCCUAGACGUCACUUUUCUGUGUUUGCGCUUUGAAAUUAAAAUGUUUGAAAAUA